UUCAAGGCACUUGACUCAGAUGCCGCAGGGUUGCCACAUUAUGGAAACUGGAGUUGGAUACCCAUCUGUUUUUGUCGUGGAUGCCCCUCAAAGGAAUGUCCCCUUCGUGCCACCUGUGUCAAAAGGCCGAAAGAAAUGGCAACAUGCCCAGCUGCUCCUUUGGAUCUUCAUGCUGCUGAUGCUGAUAGGUUUGGUGGUUCAAGGCUAUUUCCUGCUCUCCUUCCGAAAAGAAUUGACCAAAGCUGCAACACAGAGAGAAGCUGAAGCACCAACCUAUGAGAAAAUUAUUCAAGGCGAGAGACCUCCCGAAGAAAAGCCAGCUGCUCAUCUAACAUUAGGUGCCUUGGUCAAUACAGCUGACAAUGGAGCCCUGCUGUGGGAGGACAAAAAAGGACUUGCCUUUCACCAGGGCAUGGGCUACAAGGAUGGUUUCCUUAUCUUUAACCAAUCUGGACCCUACUACAUCUACUCAAAGCUCUUCCUGGGAGAUUCAAGCUGCCUCAGUGCUUCCCAGAUGGUCAUUCACAAGAUUUGUAAGAGGACUUCUCGGUAUCCUAAGGAGAUAGUGCUGCUGACCAACAAAAUACUGACUUGCAGCUUGCAGAACACCUCAAGCUGGAGACGCAGCAGCUUCCUUGCUGGAAUAGUUCAUCUCGAGGAAAACGAAGAAGUAUUUGUCACAGUGUCUCAUAAACGGAUGGUACGGGUUGGGGAUGACACGCAGUCAUAUUUUGGCACUUUCAUGAUCUGAAGGAGACCAGAACUGAGGGUGGACUGUGAAUUCUGUGGAGCAAGAAGAACAGUUUCUUCCUUAUACUGCUAUGAUGCCCCAUAGCCUCAAUCCUGCACUGUUAGCUUGAUCCUUUUUCAAAUACAGUAAAAGAGGCACCAGAAUGAGGGUGGGGGACUUCUUUGCAGACAGGGGAGAGACCUGUUCACAGGGGCAGAGAUACAUUUGCAUUUAUGGUUGGAUAGGGCUGCACUAACUAAAGUAAAGUAGAUAUUUAACAUAAACAUGGCAAGGGACUGCUCUAGAUGCAUGGGCAGGUAGCUCAAAGCCUUUUCUAUCUUCUUCAAAAGCUAUCUGAGACCAUAUGUGAAUACAUUCUCUUGGUUUCACAUGCUGUAAAAUAAAAAUGUAAGAAAUAGAGAUUCACUCACCAUUGGCCCUGUUCAAAAAGGACCAUGUGCCACCAAAUCAAUUGCAAACUCAUUUGUUGUAGAGUGGACUACUCUUCUUGUUCUGUAGCUAGUUUUGGCUUUUCCAAGGUGGGCCCUCAAUUUCUGCUGGGGUUUAAUUCCAGGACUCCCCCUGGAUAUUAAAAUCAAUGGGUGCUCAUCCCACAGUGGCAUUGUGUCUCUUAUGUAAAAUUGCAAAAUU